AUGAAACCCUGUCAAAAAUUUGAAGGAAAACCAGAAAAUGAGAGUGAACCAAAACUUAAGGACAAGUCAAAUCCUGAGGAAAAGCCAGAGGAGGAGGAAGAGCCAGAGGAGGAGGAAAAAACAGAAGGAACUUUUAGAGAAAUGUUGAUUCAGUCUCUCCAGGAAUUUAAAGAAGAUAUACACAACAGACAUUUAAGCAAGGAAGAUAUGUUUAGAGAAGUGAAUGAAAUAGAGGAGAUAAGGAGAGUAAGAAACAAACUUAUAGUGAUGCGUUGGAAGGUUAAUCGAAACCAUCCUUACCCCUGUUUAAUGUAG